UUUGAAAAGAAAAUUGUUUGGUGCUAAUUAUAUAUAAUUGCUUGUUUCAAUGGAAAAUAGUCCAGCAAAAGCAUCAAGAUUCAAAAGGAUAUGUGUUUUCUGUGGCAGCAGUCCUGGGAAAAACCCAAGUUACCAGCUUGCAGCUAUCCAAUUGGGGAAUCAACUGGUUGAAAGGAACAUAAACUUGGUCUAUGGUGGUGGGAGUAUUGGGCUCAUGGGCCUCGUCUCUCAAGCUGUGUACGAUGGUGGACGUCACGUGUUAGGGGUGAUUCCCAGAACUCUAAUGCCCAUUGAGAUAACUGGGGAGCCAGUCGGGGAGGUGAAGGCAGUGUCUGGAAUGCACCAAAGAAAAGCAGAAAUGGCUAAACAAGCUGACGCCUUCAUAGCCUUGCCUGGUGGUUAUGGUACAUUGGAAGAAUUGCUAGAAGUCAUCACUUGGGCUCAACUUGGAAUCCAUGAUAAACCGGUAGGAUUGCUGAACGUAGAUGGGUACUACGACUCAUUGUUGACUUUUAUAGACAAAGCUGUUGACGAGGGUUUCAUUACUCUCUCUGCCCGUCACAUUAUUGUCUCUGCCCAAACUGCCCAUGAACUCAUGUCUAAGCUUGAGGAUUAUGUUCCAAUACUUGAUGAAGCUGCAUCAAAGUUGAGUUGGGAGUUAGAGCAACAAUUGGGACACACAAGAAUGUAAAAUGUAUAGCAUGUCGAAACAAAUAUAAAUCCUAUACAAAUAUUUCACAAUUAAGACCUUAGGCAAAGUUCAUAAAUGAAUUCUGUCUAAAUUGACCAAGUUAUCAUAACACCAAAACAAGUUAAUUAGAUCUAG